AUAGCUCUUUUUGUCCCUCCUUUACUUCAGACUCUUUCGGCUCAUUAUCACAGUCUUCCCCUGCCAGCUCUCUGCCUGUAUUCCCACAGGCUCCUCCUCCGGCACUACACACAACAGCGCAGGCAACGAGGAGGGGCCUUUGCUUUCCUUGGCGGUGCUCCUGAGAGUUUCUUGUUUGCUUCCGCUUGCACUGAAGAGCUCCCCCAAACCUUUCCUAGGGCAGCUGCCCUGUCUUGUGAAGGGCUUUCUGUUUUCACCACUAAAGCGAGAUUAGCAGAGGGAAGAUGACACCCCCAGAUCCAUACCUUCGGCAAGACUGGCAGAUGGUUCGUGGUGUUCCUAUGGUCUGUGCUUUCUCCUUUGACUGGGACAGGAUCGACAAUUUCCAGAGCAGACCUGAUGAUAUUUUGAUAUCCACCUACCCCAAAUCUGGCACCACAUGGAUGUGUGAAAUUGUGGACAUGAUUCUGCACGAUGGUGAUGCUGAGAAAUGCAAGCGAGAUGCCAUUUUCAAUAAAGUCCCUAUGCUGGAAUUUGCUGCCCCUGGGAAGAUGCCAUCAGGCACAGAACAAUUAGCUUCGAUGCCGUCUCCUCGAGUGGUGAAGACCCACCUCCCAGUAAACCUACUGCCCAAGUCCUGCUGGGACAAUAAAUGCAAGACAAUCUACGUGGCUCGCAAUGCAAAGGAUGUAGCUGUAUCCUUUUACCAUUUUGACUUGAUGAACAAGCUGCACCCAGAACCCGGCACCUGGGAUGAGUACCUGGAGAAAUUCAUGGCGGGUAAAAUAGCUUUUGGCUCCUGGUAUGACCACGUGUCAAGCUGGUGGGAGAAGAGGAACGACCAGCCCCUGCUGUACCUGUUCUAUGAGGACAUGAAAGAGGAUCUGAAGCGUGAGAUUAAGAAGGUCGUGCAUUUUUUGGGAAAGGACCUGCCAGACUCAGUUGUGGACAAGAUUGUCUGCAAUACUUCCUUUGAUAUGAUGAAGGACAAUCCUGCUACAAACUACAGGAUGGCACCAGCUGCUGUGAUGGAUCAAAGCAUCUCCCCAUUCAUGCGCAAAGGAAUUGCUGGUGACUGGAAGAAUUACUUCACUGUAGCUCAGAAUGAGAAAUUUGAUGAAGAUUAUAAGAGGAAAAUGGCAGACACAACACUGCAGUUCCGAACAGAGAUCUGAACCUCCCUAGAACUUCCAGCACUGCUGCUGGUCUGCAGUUGCACGCACAUGCACACGCACACACACACACAAUCAUUUGGUGGGGAUUUUGAACUGCUGCAAGUCUCUCUUUUUAAUUCGGGUUUCCCCCCCAAGUUUCCAGUCUUCUUGGUUGUGGGAUCCAUGGAUGAAGCAUGUUAUGGCUGGGAAAGGAGGCGCAGUGCACAGGGGGCAAUCUGGCCCCUCCUUCCUUUAGUCCUUCUUCCCUCUGCAUCGUCUUGCAUCCCUCACUUCUCCAACAAACCUCUAAAUCUUCAAAAUCCUUUAAAAAAUUACUUAUCCUUACCAAUCAUGACAGAAUUUAAAAACAGUAUAAGAGAAAGGUUAAGGAGAUUAAAUUUUGCAUUCUGCAGUAAACAUCUUAGAAAUGAUAACUUAAAGCUUACCGAGUAUGGAAUAAAUACACUCCACAGUCUCUUAUGUUGUGUUUAUUUACAUAUUCACCAUGUUACUUAUGUACUCCUGCACACUUUAUCUUGCUUUU